AUGUCGGCGCCAACGGCAUGUUUGGAUAGCUCUUUUGGGCCCUGGGCUGGUGCGGCAUGCCGCGGUGGCUUCGACUUCACACUUCUCUUUGAAGAGACGAUACUAUCGAUACUUUCGUCCGCCAUCGUCAUCCUCGUCGCGCCAAUUCCCAUAGUCCGGCUGGCUAGAAAGCCCCCAAAAGUGAGAACCAGCGCUCUCGACUGGCUCAAGAAGACCUCGUCAAUAUGUUUUGUUCUUCUGAGCGCCGCGCUGGUCGGGCUAUGGGCACGAAAUUCCACCAUCACCCAGACGCGCGCGUCAAUUCCUUGCGCCGUUCUCACAUUCGUAUUGUCCAUUGUCUACACCAUUCUGUCAUCAAUCGAGCACCGCUUGUCUCUCCGUCCGUCUUCGGUGCUUAGUCUAUAUCUCGGCCUCUCCGUUCUUUUCGACAUAGCGCGAACGCGAACGCUUUUUAUGCUAGACAAUGCCAGCGACAGCGCCAUACCUCCCGUUUUCGCCUCGAGCUUAGCUCUGCGGGUGGUGAUGCUCCUGCUCGAGUCCACCGAAAAACGCUCGCUUUUGCUCGCCAAGUACAACGACGCUGCGCCAGAAAGUGUGGGCGGGCCUUAUAAUCUCGGCGUCUUUUACUGGCUCAGCACCCUCUUCUUUACUGGCUACCGCAAGAUCCUUGAGAUAGGUGACCUCUAUCCGCUAGACGAUGAGCUGCGGUCGAUGGGGCUGGCGCAGAAAAUGUCUGACGCAUGGGGGAAAGUACCUGAUAAGACGAUUCCGAAUGUUCUUUUCGUCACUUGGCUCAGGACUUUCUCCAAGACGAUGUUCAUGCCUGUUAUACCCCGGAUCUUCCAGAUUGGCUUCACCUACGCUCAGCCUUUCCUGAUCACUGCCGCGAUUGAGCUGGCAGCAACCCCGCAAACGCAACCAUAUAACAACAAUGGGUAUGGUCUGAUAGGCGCCUAUGUCCUCGUAUAUACUGGAAUCGCGGUUUCGGUUGGCCAGUAUGAAUGGCGGAACUACCGCGCGGCAACAAUGAUGCGCGGUAGCAUUAUUCCACUGAUAUAUCAGAAGUCCUUGGCCCUCGACUCAUGUUCCACAGCCACAUUUCAUCCCACUGCUGCGCUCACACUCGUGAGCACCGAUAUUGAAACCAUCACUUCCGGCCUGGUCCAGAUCCACGAAACUUGGAGCAACUUAGUGGAGAUUGGACUUGCCAUCUAUCUGCUGGAGAGGCAACUUGGCGUCGCCUGUGUCAUGAGCGUUGGAUUUGCCUUGGUCGUCAUGGUUGGUACAGUAUUCCUCGCAAAGCCAACUGGUACACAUCUAGCAGCCUGGAUCCAGGCAUCGCAAGUCCGUGUGAUUGAGACCUCCAAGGCACUUGCCAGUAUCAAGUGGCUGAAGAUAUCCGGUCUAACGGAUGUUGCUUUUUCCGUCAUCCAAAAUUUGCGAAAGAAAGAGCUUGUCGUGUCAGAGAAGUUUCGGUACCUUCUUGGACUUUCACUGGUGUUAUCGAUAUGCACGCCUAUAAUGGGACCUCUCCUUACCUUUGCCGUCUUCGCUGGAAUCGCGACCCACGGCGGCUCAACAUUGACAAUUGCAAAAGUGUUCACCGCAUUCUCGAUUAUUGUGCUUCUGAAUAGCCCUUUGGCCAAGAUCGUGCAAGCACUCCCACAGAUCUUCGGCUCUAUCGCAUCCUUUCAGCGCAUCCAGGAUCAUCUCAACGCGGAUGAGCGACAUGAUCCCCGCUCAACAGCGAGCGAUGCCAGGCCUGAGAGCGCCCAUGCCUUUCAGAAAACCAUCUCUGGAAGCCACAAACUUACAUCGCCGGCGGAACUCAGUGACGACACGAUGAUAUCCAUCGAAGGAAAGUUCUCGUGGCGGAGUGAGGCUGCUACGACAGCAAGUGGAACCAGUCUUGUCACCAGAAGUGAUGAGGGGCACUUGGCCGCCGGCGAGAAUGAGGACGCUCGAGACAUACCAGUCAUUGAUAUAUCUCCUCGCCUCGACAUACCUCGAGGCGCACUGACGCUUAUCCUCGGUCCCGUCGGUUGCGGAAAAUCUACGCUCUUGAAAGCGCUCUUGGGCGAAUUAUCCUCUUUUGAUGGUGUCAUCGCGGCUCAUUACUCGGGAGCAGUCACAUACUGUGAUCAGAACCCUUGGUUGCCAAAUGAAACCGUUAAAGACAUCAUACGUGGUAGAUCAGCCAGUGACAAUGCCGAUGCGGACAGCUCUGAGAAGGCGGACUUCGACGAGGACUGGUACCGCGUCGUGGUGGGCUCCUGCGAGCUACAGCGAGAUAUGCAAAUCUGGCCACGGGGCGACAUGACACCUGUAGGCUCCAAGGGAAUCUCAAUGAGCGGUGGUCAGAAGCAGCGACUGUCGAUCGCCCGAGCCGUGUAUGCUCGGCGUGCGCUUGUCAUCUUUGACGACGUCUUCAGCGGCCUGGACGCCAACACCGAAGAUAUCGUAUUCGAGAAGUUGCUUGGCAAUUCUGGUCUCCUUCGUAAGGCCAACAUGACAGUCGUUCUCGCAUCUUCAGAUGUCCGCCGCGUCCCUUUCGCUGAUAAGAUCGUCCUACUCAAUCAACAUGGCCAGGUAGAGCACACAGGCGUCCCGGCAGAUCUCAAACAGGUUGCCGAACUUGGCUGGGCAGACCGGGAUGUGGACGCUCAGCACUCGAAGCCAGGCAAUGACAAAUCGGGCCGCAAGCAAGGAGAACAGUCCGAAAGUGCACCAGAAACCCUACGACGGUCACACACUAACCACGGACCGGACAGCUCCGCGGCGGUGCAGGAGGUCCUCCAAGCUGUCGAAUCUCAAGCCGACACUGCAAGGCAAAUGGGUGACUCGGCUGUUUACAAGUUCUACGUCAAGUCUGCCGGCUGGCUCACAAUGACAAUAUUUCUCAUUGCAAUUUGCGUCUACGCAUUCUGCGACUCUUUCCCCAGCGUAUGGCUCAAAUGGUGGGCGGAAGCAAAUGAGAAGAACCCAAAUUCGGACCUGGGCAAAUGGCUUGGGGUUUACGCGGUUCUCGGGGUCGGGGCCGUCGCGGCGUGCCUCAUCGGAACCUGGCAGCUCUUCAUCAUCACGAUCAACCGAUCCGGGUUGUAUUUUCACAACCUUUUGGUAGAAACGGUAUCUCGAGCGCCGAUGAUGUUUCACUCCACGACAGAUACCGGCAUCACCGUGAAUCGAUUCAGCCAGGACCUUCAGCUCAUUGACAUGGAACUCCCGUCUGCCGCCCUGGGGGUCGUAAUGGCACUAUCAUUCGGUGUCGCCCAGUUUAUCUUAGUGUGCGUUUCCUCAAGAUAUAUGGCUGCUCUUCUGCCGUUCCUCCUGGUCGUGUUGUACGCCAUUCAACAUUUCUACCUCCGCACUGCGCGUCAGCUCCGGCUCCUCGACAUUGAAUACAAGGCCCCGCUAUACACCCAGCUCAUGGAGACCAUUUCUGGCGUUGUUACCAUCCGCGCCUUUCGCUGGGAAGCCCAAUCGACCGCAAAGGCGAUGCGAAUUUUGGAUAUAUCCCAGAGGCCGAGCUACCUCCUUUUCUGCGUGCAGCGCUGGAUCACCUUUGCCGUCAACAUGGUCAUCAUGGUGCUGGCCGUCAUCCUUAUCGUGUUCACGACCACCCUGCGCGAAGCAAUUGGUCCGGGAUACGUUGGCAUUGCUCUGAGCAAUAUUUUGGCCUUUAGCGCGACUAUGCAGGCGACAAUCACGAGCUGGGUUACACUCGAGAUCGCAUUAGGAGCGGUUGCCCGUAUCAGAAGCUUUUCUAUGCAAGUUCGAAGCGAAGACGAUGAAGCAAGAGACAGCCUAGCAAAGGCGGGUGUGGACGCACAGCUGCUGAGUCUCACUGCAGAGACUGUCGGAGAAUGGUGGCCGAGUCAAGGGCGAAUUGAGCUCGACAACGUCACUGCGUCAUAUCCUUCAUCUGGCCGAGUCUUGUACGAUAUCACCAUGGUGGUCGAGCCGGGCCAAAAGGUUGCAAUAUGCGGGAGGACGGGCAGCGGCAAAUCAUCGCUGUUUCUCAGCCUUCUCGGGCUCAUAACCCAAGACUCUGGUUCAAUCGUGAUAGACGGCGUCGAUUUGGCUACCCUGCCGCGAGAAUACCUGCGGUCGCAGAUUGUCGCGGUGCCGCAGGAAGCCUACAUCCUCGAUGGCACUGUGCGACUCAAUGCGGACCCGUAUCAUAACAAGGAAUCACUCGGAAGCGCAAACUCAUCAGGCUCGCGCGAUGACCAGAUCAUUGAUGUGCUGAAGCGCGUUGGCUUAUGGGAGAAGAUCGCAGGUCGCGGGGGCCUCGACAUGGUCAUUGACGACAAAUUUCUGUCCCAAGGCCAGGCCCAGCUAAUGGUACUCGCACGAGCGAUGCUCCGAAAAGAUGAGAGCCGGGUUCUCUUGCUUGAUGAGGCAACGAGCAGCUUGGAUGAGGCCACCACCACACUUAUCGACGAGAUUGUGAGCACAUGGUUCAAGGACUGGACAAUUCUGGCCAUUGCCCACAAACUCGACGCAAUUUUGGACUAUGACCGCGUCGCUGUGUUGGAUGCCGGCCGUCUCGUCGAAUACGACCAGCCUCGUGCGCUUCUACAGCGGCCAGCAUCCAUCUUCAAGGAACUGUACCUGCUGUCAACUAACCAGGCGUCCAGCCCGACUCCAAACUCUGAUGAGUAG